AUGUUCGAUUCGUGGGACGAGGCGGCGCUAGAGGCGGCCGUAGAAGUCGUGGAGGCGGACGCGCAGCUCGCAGAGUACGAGGCAUGGGAGGAGGCGGCGCUAGCAGCGACCGUAGAUGCCUAUGUCGCGGACGAGCGGCAGGGCCAGGAGGCGGAGAGGCGGGAGCGCAAGGAGGCGCGGAGGGAGGCGAAGAGGCAGGGCCAGGAGGCGGAGCGGCUGGAGCGCGAGGAGGCGGAGUGGCUGGAGCUCCAGGAGGCGCAACGGCGGCGGGAGGCGCUGAGCCAGCGCCGGUGGGAGGCGCACCAGCAGCAGGGGUGGGAGGAGCUUGCGAUGCGGCGGUUGCAGCGGGAGGAGACGCGGCGUCAGGAUGAAGUCUCGAACGGUGGCGUCUGGCGUAUGCAGCUCCGGCUACAGAUGCAGGAGUUGGAUCACCGUCGACGGUGGGAGGAGCUGGAGCAGCAACUGCGUCAGGAGGCGGUGGCCGCAGAUAGAGCCACUGAUGACGAGGAAGAAAAUCCACCUAUUGACGUGGCUGCUCGUACGAGUACGUUGCGUACUUUAGUUGUUUCAGAUGCUCAGCCUGAUGUGGAGGAAACUUCGCCUCCUCAACAGAACGUCGACCACCCAACUCCACCUGCAAGCCCCCAUGCCCCUUCACCAAAGAGGGCUAGGGUUGAGCCAGUUCCAGAAUCUGCUCUACAAUCUGGUGGCUCUGCAACUCCUCUUCUUGAUAACCCCUUGAUGCAGGAAUUCAUCCGCCUUGGUACCCAAUUUGUCGGGUACCAUGAUUGUGCUAAACAAGCCGAAGAAAAUCUUGCGGAAGCCAACAAACGUGCUGAUACACUUGCUCAUAAACUGGAGCAAAGUGAAAAAGCUCGUAAGAAGGCUGAAGCAGACGCCAAAGAGGCUAAGGCAGAAGCCGCCACCGUCGAAGACCUUCGAAAGAAACUUCAUGAGGCGGAAACCUCUUUAAGUGAGCAUACUUCCGCACAAUCUGCUCGCGAAGAGGCGAUUAUCAAACGCCUGGCGUCGCAGAGCCGUCGAUUUGCCAGAAAAACGGGUCAGGAAUAUGAACUUAGGGAUCCUGAGAACGAUCCCCUUCUUGACGCGCUUUCUCUCCUUGAAAUUCAUGGAGACGAGGCACGCGAUGGUCUUGCUGAAGCUGAGGCGGGGUUAUCGCAACUGUACCCUUACUUCUUCCCAAAGAAAGAACAACCCGCGCCGUUUCUUGCUCUCGCCAAGUUGAUAAUGAGCUUUCUAUCUGCACAUUGGUUUGGAGUAACAUAUUAUGCUGGAUCUGAUUGA